GAUCUCUGGCUAUAAUCCUCUGCCGUGGUAAAGAACACGGCCAUCCUCCCCCCUCUGUGUGUCCGUCGGAAGGAGGAGUUUAACCCCACAGUGUCUGGGAGGAGCCCGCAGUCUCUUGGCGCUCCGUCCCAGGAACGUUCGGUCUGGAGACAGAGGAACCGUGGAAGUACGCUCCGAAAAAACCUGAUUUUUUUUGUGUAUGUGUCUAUUAAACACAAUACCGUUGCGUUCAGCGGCCGCGAAGAGGGGAGGGAAACGCGAACACCGCGAGAAGUAUGUUUUACCAGAGGAAACAGUAAGCCGAUGAGCGAGGCAUCGAAGGAAUCACUGGUUUAUUUUUGAGAAAUGAGGUGGAGAGAAUCUUGCACAUAGAAACUCCAAUCUGAGAAGAGACAUUCAGACAGGCAGCAAUGGGAAAUUCAGAGAGCCAGUACAGCAUCCAGGGCCCCAAGGGCACCAGCUUUGUCUUCCCUGGGAAACAAAGGCCAUGCUCACUGAAGCUCCGCUCGGCCAAAGACGAUGCUCUCUCUCCCCACACAUGGUGGAAGAGUGCCCCAGUGGGCUCAGGAUACAAGGCAAGGUGUGUCGGCCGUGGCUGUCUUUCCCCCCCUAAAAGCCGGCAGCCUUACUCGCCGAGGCACUAUGACUAUGUCUCAAGGGGAACAAGAGGCAGCCCAAGCUUUCAUCGAUCACCUGGAUGUGGUAUACGAAGGCGACAUGUAUCACAUGAUUAUGAAGAUAAUCCAUAUGGGGCUGAACUAAAUGGACACGGCUUGAAUGGACACAGUGAUGAGCAUGAGGCUUUAGAGGAACAGAGCAGUCCCCGGGUGGUGAUCAAGAAAGAUGGCAGUCUUAGGGUAGAGUUCACCAACUCCUCAGGCAACCCCCUCCUCUUGGAUGAAGCUUCUGGCCCCGUGCAACUCCUCAAGUUCUCUCCCAACCUGGAGUCUGCCUCCACUCCCAGUCUGCCUGGUUCAAGUGGUAGCAGGAAGGACGGCCACUGCAGUGCUCCACCGCCAGCCUCUACCUCCUCCACGGCCAGGACCAGCAAAGGAAGCUCACUGAGCUCUGAUGGUUCCUGGUAUGACUCCCCCUGGGGGCCCAGCACAGAAUUCUGUGAGCAGGACCAACCCUGUUCUGCCAGCAGGACCCUAGUCAACUCCCCCAUGCACCAACUGGACUCCUUCACCGAACAGUCUCCGCCGGUGUCCAUCACAGACAUCUACAAAAACUCCACCAUGGCUGCUACCUUUCCCACAGCCAGGGACCUGUCCUCCCAGUUACAAGAGCCUCCACCAGGCCAGAGGCCACACCGAGCCUCCUUUGCAUCAGUCCUGGAUGUUCCAUUGGAAGAAGAAUGCCCCGAGGUCCGCCAGUAUUCGUCAUACACCCUGCCAUGUCGCAGGCCCAAAGCCCACACCAUGAGCGAGGAUCUGGACCAGUAUCCUGAACAGGACCAACACCAGGAGAAUGUGGAACCUGAUUUCGUCUUCCAUAAGAAAGACUCCAUCAAAAACCGCAUCAGACGCCUCAGUGACUGGACAGGCAGCCUCAGCCGCAAGAAGAGGAAGUCUCAGGAGACCAAGUACAAGGACCUGAGCGACGCUUUCGACAGUGGGGUUGAUGGCCUAACUGCAGACACCAGCUCCCCUUCCCAGGUCUCCAGUCUCGUCUGGUUCCCAGGAGCCUCCAGGGCCCAGUCAUCGGGAGCCAUUCACCAAACAACCAGUGAUGCCGUCCGCCAGAAUAUCUAUGAGAACUUCAUGAGAGAGCUGGAGACGGGCACCGGACAGGGAGGAGGGGGAAGCGGUGAGAGAAGAGAGCCGUCCACUGGCACUGAAGAGGGGGAGAGCAGCAGCGAGUCGGCCGAGGGCUCCAUGGAGCAGCUGGAUCAGCUGUUCGAAAAGGAGCAGGGGGUGGUCAGGCGGGCUGGCUGGCUUUCUUUCAAACCCCUCGUCACCUUGCACAAGGACAGGAAGCUGGAGCUGGUGACCCGCCGCAAGUGGAAACAGUACUGGGUGACCCUGAAAGGAUGUACAUUGCUGUUCUAUGAGACUUAUGGCAAAGGCUCUCCAGAGCAGGAGCUGUCACCUCGCUAUGCUCUCCUGGCCGAGGACAGCAUCGUCCAGGCAGUCCCCGAGCACCCCAAAAAGGAGAACGUUUUCUGCCUCAGCAACUCAUACGGAGACAUUUACCUCUUCCAGGCCAGCAACCAGACCGACCUGGAGAACUGGGUGACAGCCAUCCAUUCUGCCAGUGCCUCCCUGCUGGCCAAGCGCCAGGGGAAGGAGGACACUGUGCGCUUGCUGCGGAGCCAGGUCCGAGGCCUGCUGCAGAAGAUCGACAUGGACGGGAAGAUGAAGAAGAUGGCGGAGCUGCAGCUGACGGUGGUCAGCGAUCCGAAGAACCGCAAGGCUAUUGAGAACCAGAUCCAGCAGUGGGAGCAGAACCUGGAGAGGUUUAACAUGGAUCUGUUCAGGAUGCGCUGCUACCUGGCCAGUCUACAGGGCGGAGAGCUGCCCAACCCAAAGAGCCUGCUGGCAAUAGCGAGCCGCCCAACCAAAACGACCCUGGGACGCCUGGGGAUCUUCUCCGUCUCCUCCUUCCAUGCACUGAUCUGUUCCAGAGAUGAAGCCACACUCAGGAGGCGCUCACUGUCCCUGACAUACAGACAACGCAAAAGAGGCCUUUUUUCAUCACUCAAAGGCCUUGACAACCUUACGAAGAGAGGCCGGGACAAGAGGCCGUCUGCAUCACAGAUCUUUGAGAGCGACGCUGGAGGUCAAACUUACGCCCUGCCUCCCAGGAGCACCGAGAGGCUGGAUGUGCUGACCAACAUCUACUCCAUGUCGCCCCCCGAGGGCGGUGUGUGGGACAGCAUCAGCGGUGCCACAGACGUGCUGACGCGUGUCCACAUGCCAGACGGCCUGACAGUCCAAGUUCCCGUCAGGAGAGACGAGACAGCCGCCGACCUUCUCUCUGCAGCCUGCAAGGUGAAGCAGCUGGACCCGGGCCUCCACUUCAUCCGCCUGCACAGACGAGUGGGGCAGAACAUGGAGGUGCGACUCGUGGCCCCCGGAGAGUUCCUCCGUGAUGUGGUCAAUGAUCAGCUGGAGGUGGUCCCGGUUAAUGUGUUUACGCUGCACAUGAGUCGACAGAGCAGCGGUGGAGACUAUGGUUUUGCAGUAACAGGGCACAUAGACAGCCAGAGAAAUAGUAGGAUUUUUGUCAGCGAAGUACUUCCUGAUGGACUGGCAUUCAACGAAGGUCUGCGUCCUGGCGACGAGAUCCUGGUGCUGAACGGCCGGUCCGUGUCAAGUCUGGACCUGGCGCUGAUCCAGACGCUGUUUGCUGAACAAACCCUGCACUUGAGCCUGAGGCGGGACGGACCCCGGCCGCCAACCACCGCCUACAACCACCCGGUCCCUCCUCUCAUACACAACCAGGAGGUUCGCAGCAAGCACCACCGAGCCAAGUCCUCCUCAGAUGUGUGGACUGCAGCUGACGGAGAAGGCUCCUUGUGUGUAGGACUGGAGGAUGGUCACUCCCACUGCGCACACAGGCCUAUACAACACAGCAAGAGCGUGGACACAGUGUGCACUCUCUACCAGUCCUUCCAGGAAGGGACGGGCUCAGGCCCAAGGGAUUUGAUGGACGACACCAAGGAACCUCUGCCGAGGCAGGGAGGGGGCGCCACGGGAGAGGCCACCCUGCUCAGACCCUGUCCAAAGCACAUGAGCGCCACUGAGAGGUUACGCAAGGUCAUCCAGGAGCUGGUGGACACGGAAAAGUCCUAUGUGAAGGACCUGACCUGUUUGUUCGAAAUCUACCUGAAACCCCUGCAGAAUGAAACCUUCCUCACACUGGAUGAGAUGGAGAGUCUGUUUGGCAGCUUGCCUGAGAUGUUGGAAUUUCAAAGGGUCUUUCUGCAGACCCUCGAAGAGAGGAUCGCCUCUUCACCUGACUUUAGCACCCUGGAGACCCCCUCACAGUUUAAGAAGCUCCUGUUUUCUCUCGGGGGUUCCUUCCUCUACUACGCGGACCACUUCAAGCUCUACAGCGGCUUCUGUGCAAACCACAUCAAGGUCCAGAAGGUCCUGAAGAGAGCCAAGACGGAUCAGGCCUUCAAGGAAUUCCUGGAUGCGAGGAACCCCACCAAGCAGCACUCCUCCACCCUAGAGUCCUACCUGAUCAAACCGGUGCAGAGGGUACUGAAGUACCCCCUGCUGCUCAGGGAGCUGGUCUCCCUUACUGACGCUGACAGCGAGGAGCACUACCACCUCACUGAGGCUCUGAAAGCCAUGGAGAAGGUCGCCAGCCACAUUAAUGAGAUGCAGAAGAUCUACGAGGAUUACGGCUCCGUGUUUGAUCAGCUAGUUGCCGAGCAGACCGGCCACGACAAAGAGGUCACAGAGAUCUCUAUGGGAGAGUUUCUCAUGCAUUCCUCUGUAGUUUGGCUGAAUCCGCAUCCAUCGCUGGGCCGCAUGAGAAAAGACCCUGAAAUGACUGUGUUUGUGUUCAAGAAAGCGGUGAUAUUGGUCUACAGGGAGAACAACAAGCUGAAGAAGAAGAUGACAAACCCCCGCUCAGCACUUUCUCACGGAGAUCCGGACCCCUUUAAAUUCCGCUGGCUCAUCCCGCUCUCCGCGCUGCAGGUCAGAUUGGGAAAUACUGCAGGAACAGGCACAGAGAGCAGCUGCAUCUGGGAGCUGAUUCACUCCAGGUCUGAAGUGGAAGGCAGGCCAGAGACGGUCUUCCAGCUGUGUAGCAGUGUGCCAGAGAGCAAGGUCAACAUCAUCAAGGUGAUCCGCUCCAUCCUCAGGGAGAAUGUGAGGAGGAACAUGAGGAGCGAGGGGACAUUAGAGAGGGGCUGUAAGGAGCGCCUGGCACCCCUUCGCAGCACCCUGCCCUCCUCUGCUAGGCUGGGUUCCUCCCGGGCUUCCUGGUUGUGUAAGCAGCCGCUUGGAGAUCUCUCGGCCCAGGCCGGGAAUCCCAAGCUGGGGCCGGACUCAGACGAGGGAAGCCUGAGCAGCGGAACCUACAGUCUGUCCGGGGCUCCUCCACCUUGUGCCUCCGACUCACAGAACUGGUCUCAGGCACCCGGAUCCAACUCGCAGCCCCGCUCCACCUCUGCUGUGAAAGAGUCAGACAUUUUAAGCGAUGAGGACGAUGACGGCUUUAGCGAGGGGGGAACGAGGAGAGACAGUGGAGACAGCAGUUCUCCAACUAGCGCCAUUGAGGCGCAAUUCCUCCAACUCCAACUGUCAGAGGAUGCUGUGUCGCAAUGUGCACCAGCUCCCUGUGUUCAGCCUGAGGGGGUGGGGGACACUCCAGAGACCCAACACAAACUGAGAGGGCACUUCAGCGCUGUAAAGAGGAAGCCCAACAGUUUCAGGCGGAGCCAGGGUGCCCUGUUGAACAUGAAGGCGCACAGCAGGUCACUGGACAGCCAGGCGGAUGCAGCGGCAUCGUCAGCUGUGGUGGACUUCAACACGUUGCUGGAGAGAGAGUUCAGUGUCCAAAGUCUGACUUCUGUAGUGAAUGAAGACUGUUUCUACGACCAGACUGAGAGCUGUGCCAUGGACUCUGCUAACACCACCUCCUAGUUGGGGGCUGGAUGGACAGAGCAGAACUUUAUUGUGCUCAAGUCAAAAGUUGGAGAUGCUGAGCCCCUGUGGCUCUCUGCUGGCUCUGCCAGGGUGGUGAAGCCUUUCCUCAGCUCGGAAGUGGGUUUAGUAAGCCACACACCUGCCCGCUAAAAGUCAAGAUGUAAUUGAGCUGGUCUGAUGGAAGCCUAUUGGCUCACGGGCCCACUUUCUCCCCUCAGAGAGGCGCAGAGAAGUAAUUUCUGUCCCAAUGAUAAUGACUGCAAUGAAUCUGUCAAGCACUGAUGCGUUCCUGCGGUCUCCUCAGCUCUCUGGGCUUUGCCUCGUCCCGACAAACUGUUUGAGUGACGUAUUCCAUCCUAGUUUCUUUCCCCUUGCAGUUUUUUUUUUUUGUUUUUGUUUUUUGAUCCUUUCUAUGAGGAACAGGAGAAUGUCAUUCAUUUCUGUCCUAAAAGUCCUCUGUCCAUACGGAGCAACAAGAUACUGAGAUGUAUCAAGUUCAGUUUGUUGAGUCCUUACUGUGGAGGUCCAGUGUUCAGGCUUUGCUAAAUAUUAAUUUGUGUUUGGUUUCGGAGAACUGAACCACUUAUUACAUAUUGCAUAUUGUUGCAAAUGAGCAGGCACUGAGUGAAGGCUUCCACAGACGAGAUCCACCUGAAGAGCCCUGGCGGUCAAGCCAGACUUUCCAGAGAAGAGAUGACAUUGGCCUAAAUUAAACACUUUUGCAACUAAGCCUUUUUGCUGCAUUUUGUGCACUAAAGUACACUGUUUGCCUAUAUAUUUGAAAUAUUUUUUAUCUGUACAGGUUUUAUGUAAUUAAUGUUUUUAUUUAUUUAUAGGUUUGAUUAUGUAUAUCUUAGCAAAGUAACUUUUUUUGGGUGAAGGCUUGAACUGCUUACCUAAAGAUUUGGUCUGUUAGUAAAGAUAUAUAUAUAUAAAAAAAAGAGGCGAUACAGCUUGACGGUUUUUUCCCCACUUCAGUUUAAACGGAGCCUACUGGUUUUGUUGGUUGUCUUUCGCUGAAGAUUUCCAGUGUGUGCACUGGAAGGUGUUUUCUUGAGAUCUGGCUGCUUAAUUGAACGAUUUAAACCUGCAAUAAUGUUCAAACACCAAUGUUUCUCUUUGUUUAUCUGUCUGUGUAUAUAAUCUUUUCUAUCUUGGAAGCAUUUAUGUAUUCUCUCAUACAUACUUGACACUGUACAGGUGAGAAACAAGGCAGGAAUUUGCAAUAAAUGCAGACAAUAUUUUUGUAUAACGCUUUUGUUUGCCAUAGCAGAAAGUACAUGUUAAGGUACUUUAAAAAAGGCCAACUAGUUCAUUCUUUACCUUUUUUCUCAGCUCAACUUUACAUGCCUUUAAUGCUAGCAUACCAAUGAAUGUGAAUGCCUAUUCUUAUGGAAUUGUUUUAUAAAUAAAAGUUUUAUCUGUGAA